CCAAAAAUCGACCCAUGGCCGGGGGUCGUAGUGGGGGAUAUAGAGUUGGGCGUCUAAAUUUGUCAGAUACUACUAGAGCUGCUCGUCGCACCGGUGAGGAUCGGUAACGUCCCGAUAAAAGCCAAAAGCCGUUUUACUAUUAUAAUAAUAUUAUAUUAUUAUAAGAUAGAAGGCCGCGUGUCGGCGACGGGCGAAUGCGCCUCAUCGUCGUCAUCGUCAUUACCACAGUAAUCGCAGUAGAAUAAUAAUUAAUGUUCAAUAAUACUAUAAGUGUACACAUAUAUUAUAUUAAAUACUAUGUACAAAUACUAAGUUGUGUGACGCACCACAUCUUACCGUAAUAAUCGUGUAAAAAUAACAAAACUGUUAAUAGCUGCAAUUAUAUAAUUAUUAUCAUAUUAUAAUCGCAUAACAUAUUAUACCUAAUAUUAUAUUAUACCGCGCGUGUGACCAUCAUGGACCAAGACGAACAGUGUCUGGCGCCGCAGCUGUGCAUCCGUUGCCUGUCGUCGUACGACCGUGGCCGACAAGUCGCGGUCGUGUCCAACUCGGACGCGUGCACGUGCCCCGACGACGAGACGUGUCCGCACAACAAGAAGACCGCCGCGCUGCAGCUGUUGGUCCUCAGGAGAAAAAAGAUAAGUUUGCAACAUCAGCAAACGAACAACGAAUCAAACAAGACCAUUGCAGGCCGUGGUGUAGAGGAAUCGGACGAAGACGACGACGACUGCUCCUCUUCAUCUUCGUCGUCGUCGUCGUCGUCAUCGAGUAGCACUUCGUCCUGCAGCUCAUCCUGCAGCAGUGGCGACACUACUACGUCAGAAUCCGAAUCCGAUGGGUCGCGGAUUACCUGCACGUCUGCGAGUUCGUCGCAAUAACACAGAUUUGUUGUAAUAUAUAAUUUGCUUUUCUUCAUGCUGUUGUCUCUGCUGCUACUGCUUCCGUCGCUGCUACUGCUGCUGCUGCUGCUGCUGCUACUGCUGCCACUGUCGCUAUCGUCGCUGCUGCUGCUGCUACUGCUGCUGCUGCUGCUGCUGCUGCUGUUGCUGCCACUGCUGUCGCUGCUGGAAGAACCGUCACUGUCGCUUUCUGAGUCUGAAGAGUUUACAUUUUUCUUUUUCCGUUUCGCGUCUUUCAGUUUUUUCUUCGAUUUUUCCUCUUUUGAGGGCCUAAAAAGAUGCGUCGUUAUUCGGUUAGACAAUAUAAUAUAUACCGUGGUUGUGUAGCCAAGGGGCUCGCUGAGGGGGCUGCAGCCUUCCCAGAAAUUUUGGGAAAUUUUAAAAAUAUCCACAUUGUUUUGUAAAAGUAUUAAAUAAGGCGUACCACUUAAUCUUGUAUUAAAAUUGUAAUAUGUAUAAAUAUUAAAAGUCUGAAAUGUUAUAUUAUACAUAUUCAUUACGACAUAAGCAUACCAAACUUAUGAGGGAUUCUAUAGUUAAGUAAGUUAUUUAAUAAAUUAUCAGCCUCCCAUCCAAAGCAAAAUCCUGACUCCGCCGCCACUGAUAAAUCGAUAGUUAUUCAUUCGGAAAUCGUUCAAAAAUCAAAAAUCACCACGAUAUUUGAAUACCAAAAAAACCAUGAACGAUUUCUUCAAUAAAAUAUAUAUAAACGAACCAUGUAAUCGAAUACUAUAUUAGGUAUACUAAUUUAUAAAUAAGUAUAUAAUUGUAUAUUAAUAAUUUAAUUUUGCCACGUACUUGGAUAAGAUCAUACUUGCGGGCCUGUCCUUGUUCAAAUUCCUCUUGAGCAACGUCGUGCGAGUCGGACGGUCAGCAAAUUUUCUCUUUCCCUUACACUCGAAAGUCCAAUGACCGAAUUCCAGGCACUUUUGACAGCGGACACCUUGUGGAGGUACAUACAAUCUACAUGCAUAUGAAAAUAAAUUUGAUUAAUAUUUACGUAUAAUGAAUUUCACUGCAGUGCAGUAGUUGUAUAGAUAAUAAUAUAAUAUAUACUAUAUUGGAAGG